CAACGCGCCGGUUCGCCCUAUUACAGCCCCCCUCACUCCCUCUUCACUCCCCACCUCACUCUGCUCUCCUCUCGGCGGAGGGGGUUUAGGUGGUCAGGAUUUCCCAUGACGCUCCGUCAGUACGGGAGCAUAGGGGCCCCGGCCAGCGGUGCCAUGAACGGUACAUGUCAGUGAUUUUCUUUGUAGAGCUGACAUUUCCGUCUCGUUAGCCGUAACUCUGCUCCUGUCAGGAUGCUUAGGCUGUUCACUCUGCUGGUGGUGGCCGGCUUGGUGCUAGCGUGCCUUACUUCCUGGCUGUUGGACAGCUAUGACACUACCUGGCACCCCAAACGGAGUUUAGAGGAACCUGAAGGCGAGCAGAGUCAGAGGAAGAGCGAGCCUCCUUUUCCCGGAGGCGAGCUGGAGAACAUCUUCUGGUUUGUGCAGGUAUCAGAUAUUCAUAUCAGUCGCUUCCAUGAUCCAAAACGUGUGCCGGACUUUGAAAGGUUCUGCGCUCACACUAUUAUUGACGUGAUCAAACCGGCCCUUGUGCUGGUUACAGGGGACUUAACAGAUGCAAAGACUGAGAAUAAAGUCGGCUCACUUCAACAUGAGGUGGAGUGGCAGGCCUAUCACAACAUUCUGAAAAGAUCACGAGUGCUGGAACACACUAAAUGGAUUGACAUUCGUGGAAACCAUGAUGCUUUCAAUAUCAUAUCUCUGGACAGUGUGAACAACUACUACAGGAAGUAUUCUGCUAUCCAGAAGGUUGGCUCCUUCCACUACGUACACAGUACUCCCUUUGGGAACUAUUCGUUUAUCUGUGCAGAUGCCACUCUCAGCCCUGGACCUAAGCGUCCUUACAACUUCUUUGGAAUACUUAAUCAGAGUCAAAUGGACACAUUGGCCACCUUCAGGGAGGAGAGCUACAACAGCAACCAGACUGUCUGGUUUGGACACUACACCACCUCCACCAUCAUCUCCCCUUUCCCUGGAGUCAGGGCCUUGAUGAGCUCAGCUGUGGUGUACCUGUGCGGACACCUGCACACGCUGGGCGGCAUGAUGCCUGUCCUCCACAGUAGACACUCAGGGGGCACGCUGGAGCUGGAGCUGGGAGACUGGAUGGACAACCGCAGGUACAGGGUGCUGGCCUUUGACCAUGACCUCAUGAGCUUUUCAGACCUGACAUUUGAGGACUGGCCAGCGGUGGUCAUCACCAACCCCAAAGAUGCGCAAUACCUGCACCCAGGAGUGGAGCCGCUGGGUCGCAUCCACAGCUCUACACACAUCAGGAUGCUUGUCUUCUCAGCAGCACCAGUCACAGCAGUGUAUGUCAGCAUGGAUGGAGAGACCCUGGGGAAAGCAGUGUCUGUGGGAGGGCCUCUGUAUGUGCUGCCCUGGGAUCCAUCCCUGUACACCACUGGACUGCACACCAUCAGGGUCAAAGUGGAGGACUCAGCAGGUCGCUCCAAAGUGCGAGAGCAGCAUUUCACACUGCAGGAAGAUCUCACACCCAGCUUCGGCUUCCUACAGUCUUUCAUCCUGCUUACUGACCACUACAUCCUGGCACGCAUUGCUUUUGUGGCCGCUGUGUUGCUGAACGUGGGCACCCUUGUGGCCUUCAGAUUCAAGCAAGUACCGUCUGCCCGAGGGCCAACUCAAAGGAAACAUGGGCUGUUUUCUCAAGCUUGCAUUUCCCUACAACUUGUCAGCAAGAUUAAUAUCUUCUACUACACCCUGCUGCUGUUUAAUCUGUGUACAGCAUUAGGUCCUUGGUUCAUUGGGGAGGUGAUUGAUGGCCACACUGGAGCCUGCUUUGCUUUUGGCGUGUUUGUGGAUGGGCAUUUUCUAGAGGGUAGUCUAACCUAUGUAGUGGGCGUUAUACAGUUGGUCUUCUUUAACAUGCCUCUGACGUGCUACCUCUGCUGGAGUCUUCAGCAGCGCUGCCGUGGCUGCUCCUUCCGCUCCCACUUCUGCCGGCCAGGAUGCCGCUGGCGAACUCUGGUCAUUCAUGUGGCCAUGCUGCUCCUCCUCAUCUGGCAGGCCUACUCCUGCUACUUCCUCCUGGAGACCUACGGGUCAUUGGCUUUCUUCUUGUCGCCAGUGCGUACCUGGGCACUGGCGAUGGGUCUGUUUCUGGUCUACAAGGCCUGGAGAGGAUCAGCUCCAGACUUCGCUGACAAUAAGAGCGACACGAAGUUAUGACAGCAAGACACUGUGCAAAGACCCUUCAUGUCCACUUUGCCAUAUUUUUAAACAUUUUACCAGUUCCUUGUUUUGUGCCAAGUCUCACCCCUCUUCCUCAACAAUCAGUAUAUUGAGUUAUUUUUUGUCAUGAAAGUGAGGAUGUCAUUUUUGUUGGAGUCAGCAUUUCUGUUGCAAAGGUGCACAGGUCCUUUUAUUUUAACAUGAAUCUUUGUUCAUCUCUAUCUUUUAUCAGUAGAUGAAGCUGAAGAUGUUCCAGCAUUUUAACACAGACACUAGUGAACAAUAGUUCACUAACUUGUUCUGCUGCCAGACUUCAUUUUCUAUGGUCAAACACUCUUCACUUAAAAUGCAUGUGAAUAUUUUUGGACCAACACUGAGGGCCUACACGGUUAACAGAAGGGGAGGGUUCAUGGUUUUGUAUUAUGGAUGUUUUCUCUGAGAAACAAAUGAAAUGUAUCAGUGGAUCUGGUCAAGUGGUUGAAAACCAGUAUCUCUGCUUGAAAAACCUCUUUAACCUGCUGGCAUUGCUCAAUAGGCACAGUCAUUACGUUCUUUCUUUAUCUGACAUGUAGUUAGCUUUGGGCAGGGGUGGGAAUCCUGAAACUUAUGAGCUUUCAGUUUCGUUCUGUGGCUAUCAGAUGGGCAUCACUAAUUGAGGUUUAGAUUGAACUUGUUGGUGAAUCAGGCACGUGUGAAUCAUAGUCACUAGAAGAGCAAAAACAAUCUUCCUGAUAGCUUUUUGUUACCUGCCUUCUAGUGCUGCUUUAACCAUUAAGACAGAAAAUCCAACCCCAAGAGCUUCAAGUGCUCUUAUGCUUUCUUUUGUAAUUUCCAUUCCCUCUAUUUCAAGUUUCACCUGGCUGUGUAAUCAGUUGAUCGGUCAGGUAGUAGUCUAAUGGCACAUAAAGUGAACCCUUGUAAGAUUCAGGAUGUUUUUAACCAAUCAACACUUCACUUCUUGCCUCUCUGUGUGAAACAAGCUGUCAAUAGUUUGAUACGUUGAUAGUUAGACUAUCGUAAGGCACAUGAGGGGUUCCAAGCUGGUGCCUGCAUGCAAUCCAGAGUUUUGAGGUAAAGUUCUAAUUACACUGUCAAGAAAACCACUGUUUUUGUAAUUGCAUAUGAAUGUACAAUGUACACUCUUCAAGUAACAUGAAAAUGCAGUCACUGGUGUAUAUACACUACACCUGAGCUAACAGAAUGAGUUGAGGGAUAUUCCCAUUGGACAUUACCGACCUUGAGAUUAGGUUUUCUGGCUAAGUGAGAAAUCCUGCUUUGAAGAACACCUUUUCCUCACUUUAUCUUUGGCUGUGAACACAUGCUGAUGUAGCGCACAAAUGAGGAUGCAAACUAAAGAAACAAUCAAAGUCAAAACAUAAUUCACACUCAUCGUUUAGCGUUUAGUUUAGCAUAAUUACAAGAGACAAAGCAAACUAGAAGAUAAUGGCAAUUUUACAUGCACACAAUACACAGCCAAGUUAAAAAGGAUAUCAGUUUCACUGCGUCCUGCACAUGUUGUUUUUCUUUCCCUUUUGUCUUUUCUGUCUGCUUCACCAGUCCAACAACAAAUUUGCUGUGACAAAGUUCCUGGUGUAUUUGUUGGCUUUUGUUGCCUUUCUGUGUCAGGUCACUCAAGGUCUCUGCUGUCUCUCAGGAAUGUAAAGACUUGAACAAUGGGCUGCUCUGGAUUAUCUAUCAACAAUGUGAAUGGUUUUGGAAGGGUUAUUGCUUUUUUUGGUCAUUUGUUUUUCAUUUGUGGCACAAUAAUUACGAGUUUAUGUAA